CUCUCUUUUUAAGUGCACAGCAAGAGUUGCUCUUAUCUUUAAUUAUUACUUGCAUAGUCGCAUCGGCUUCUGCAAUUGCACUUGUUCUUAAAAUUCUACAACAAAGCCAAUUUCUGCCACUCAAAUUUGUUUUGUCCAAGUCUCUGUCCCUCUUGUUCAGCAUUGCAUGUAAAAUGCAUACUACUUGAGGCUGCCAGGGAUCAAAAUUCAGACUUUUCUGGUAAAGUUUGCUGGGUCAUCUAUACAUAGUUCAGAGGUUGGUUCUUCAUUAGGACCUUGGAUUAUCGCUAAGCUUUAGGUAUGAGUGACCAUCAGCAAGGGAACAAUGAAAGGAAUAAUAAUCAAGACCAUGAGCGUCAAAUUACCGAGAAUGGUCGAGCUGAUGCACUGAAUCAAGGAAUAACGACAUUUAUUUGCUCAGCAUAUGUAUUGGUGUGCGUGUUCUCAGUAUUACUGGAUCCCUUGUUCUUUUACCUUCCUUUAAUCAAUGAAUCAAAGAAGUGCAUUGGGAUAGACAAAAAGUUGAGGACCACAGCUCUGGUUUUGCGAUCUGUCACUGAUUACUUUCACUUAAUGCAUAUUUUUUUCCGAAUUCGCACUCGUUAUAAAAAAGAGGAACCUCCCAAAAAUUGUAAAGAAGCUUGGAGGCGUUUUUGGCCGUACUUCCUAUUCCUAAUCGACAUUCUGGUUAUUCUUCCCGUCCCACAGGUGGGACUUCCCAUUAUCUUAUCAGAAAUGAGAAGCAAGAAGAGAUCUUCAAAUAAAGUAAAAUUCUUGAACUCUGUUCUUCUCUUUCAAUAUGGACCUAGAAUUCUUCAAAUCUAUCUGUCCUGGAAGAAGUUGAUAAGAAGUGACGAGAGUGUUGAUGAAACCCUAUGGGUCAAGGCUAUAUUGAAUUUCUUUCUAUACAUCCUUGCUGGUCAUGUAUUGGGAGCCUUUUGGUAUUUUUUCUCUUCUCAACGAUUGGCAGCUUGCUGGCACAUAGCGUGUAAAAAUCAUAGUGGAUGUGUUGAUAGUUCUUUUAACUGUGACCACAGCUUUGGAAAUCUCUCUUUUAUAAGUGAUAUAUGUCCUAUAAAUCCACCAAACUCAACGACCUUUGAUUUUGGAAUAUUUGGUGAAUCCCUUCAGUCUGGUGACUUAGAAUCUCAAGAUUUUCCACAAAAAUUAUUUUUUAGUUUCUGGUGGGGCAUGCGAAAUCUAUGUUCUUUUGGUUCAAAUCUCCAAACAAGUGACUAUAUAUGGGAAAACUGCUUUUCGCUUUGUAUUUCCAUCUUUGGCUUGUUACUAUUUAUAUAUUUCUUGGGGAAUUUGCAGAUUUACAUGCAGCGAAGAGCUACAAAAUCAAUUAUAAAACGUGAUGAGAAGAAGGGACACAAGGUGGGGGGAAAGUAUGAAGAAGAGAAGAAAGCACUCGAGGAGAUGAUGCAAGCACUUGAGGAGAUGAAGGAAGCACUCAAGGAUAUGAUCAGAAAACAUGAAGAAGAGAAUAAAGCACUUGAGAAGAUGAAGGAAGCAUUCAAGGAUAUGAACAGAAAACAUGAAGAAGAGAAUAAAGCACUUGAGGAGAUGAAGGAAGCACUCGAGGAGAUGAUCAGAAAACAUGAAGAAGAGAAUAAAGCACUUGAGGAGAUGAAAGUUGUGAAAUCAAGUAAACGAAGGAAAAAACAAGAAGCAAACAUUGCGUUGUGGCUUUCCAAGGAAAAGGUCCCUACAGAAAUGAAAAGCGAUAUAAUUAAGUUCAUACAUAACAGAUUUGACGAAGACGAAGGUGUUGAUGUGGAGAACCUGAUCCCUGAUCUUCCUUUGGAUCUUCAAAGCAAUGUCAAGUGCCAUGUUUGCUUAAAUCUGCUAAAAAAUCUCAAUAUCAUAAAAAAGAAUGACUUGACCAAGCAUCAGCAACUUUUGCUUAACAUCUGCAACUCACUCAAGCCAGUGUUCUACAACGAGCAAAGCUACAUUGUUAAGGAGGGAGACCCAAUUGAUGCGGUAUUCUUGAUUACGUACGGCAUUGCAUGGGCCUAUCCAAGCAGUAAUAAUGGUGAAGGAAAGCAUGCUGAGCGUCUUGAGAAAGGUCACUUCUUCGGAGAAGAACUUCUUGAAUUGCUUUGGAAUCCUUCCUCUGUUGACGUGUAUAACCUAUCCAAACUCCCGGUUUCCUCCAAAACCCUCAAAACCCACACAAAAGUGGAAGCCUUUGCUCUAAUGGCCAACGACUUGAAGGAUAUUGACUAUUCCAUGUUUUUAAACGAUUAGACCCAGAGCAAUCACAAGUUGAGGCAGCUUCCACUCAAGGAAUCUCGCUCCAAGAUCAGAAUCUAGAAGAGCUUGAUGUUGUUGAAUCCAAGGAAGCUUCUAUUUUACAACGAGUCCAGUGUUGCAAUCAACCAAAGUGUUUUGAAUCCAGUAGUACUUGACAUUGUUGUUGCAAAGCAAUGGAUUGUUUUGAUGUCUUUGCUGUAUUAAGAUUUGUUUUUCUAGUGAUGGACAAGGGGAACGUGUGAAAUAAUAAUGGUAAAAAAUAUGUUUCUUUAAUUAAUUCAUGCAUAAACUGUUCAUAUUGCUAGUGUAAUAUGAUUAAAGGUUAAAUAGUUUCUACUUU